AUGGAAAGAAAUCAUAAAGAUAACUUGCUUAAGAAGCGAAAGGCAGAGAUAGAUUUAUCUUAGUUCUAUCAAAAGAAUUAGGAAGAGGGUGAUAAAACAGACUAAAGCAAUGGUGAAUAGCAAGUCUAAAAGAGGUAGAGGAAAGACUGUCCUUAUUUAGGCUAAAUAAAGCGUCAUGUGUUGGAUUUCGAUUUUGAAAGAUAAUGUUCAGUCACUUUGUCAAAUCUAAAUAUAUAUUCUUGUCUAACAUGCGGUAGGUAUUUCCAAGGUAAAGGCAAGAAUACUCAAGCCUAUACACAUUCUUUGGAGGAGGCUCAUAAUGUUUAUAUAAAUUUGCAUGACUCUAGAGUUUGGUGUCUGCCAGAUAACUAUGAGGUUGAGGAUGCCGCCUUAAAUGACAUAAAAUACAAUCUGUUACCUCUCUAUAAUCAGUAACUCGUUGAUAAGCUAGACAGUGAGCCUAUUUUCUCAAGAGCGCUUGAUGGUACUGAGUUUUAUCCAGGAUGCCUGGGACUAAAUAAUCUAAAGCAAACAGAUUAUGUGAAUGUGAUGAUACAAGCUCUAUGCAGAAUAAAGCCUCUGAGAGACUUUUGUUUGAUUUACAAGCUAUCUGGUGAAAAUCUCAAUAAUGUUGAUCCAAAGCACCUAUUAGUUCUGAAUUUUGCAGAACUUGUAAAGAAAAUAUGGAAUCCUAAAAACUUCAAAGGCCAUGUCAGUCCACACGAAGUGCUUUAGUCUAUUUCCCAGGCGAGUAGUAAAAGGUUUAAGAUUGGAGAGUAAAAGGACCCUAUCAAUCUACUCACUUGGUUCCUAAACACUUUUAAUGAAGAUUUAGCAUCUAAAAACUCUAAAGGCAAGAAGCAAACAAUGAUUGAGGAUACCUUUUAGGGAGAAAUUGAACUCAGUCAGCUUAUUCCUAAGAAUAAAGAUGUGAAUUUUCUAAAUAAAAUUGCAGCAAUGAAGACCAAUGUGGAUGUUAAUGUUCAGUACGAGAUGAAGAAUCAAAAGACUAAGUUCUUUUUCCUUACUUUAGAUUUGCCUCAGGUGCCACUCUUUAAAGAGCAGAAUUAAUUGGCUAGUAUUCCUUAGAUUCCAUUGAUGACUUUGCUUAAGAAAUUUGAUGGAAAGAGUUUCAUAGAGGAAAGAGUCACAGCCAUUAAGAAAAAGUAUAGAAUUGUCUCACUGCCUAAGUAUCUUAUUAUCCAUAUCAAGAGAUUCCACAAAAAUGACUAUUUCAUUGAGAAAAAUCCUACAAUAGUCAAUUUUCCUAUUAAAAACUUAGACUUAACUGAAUAUAUCUGGGAUUAGAAUAGUAGUGGCAAUAAAGAAGAAGUAAAUGGGGAUAAAGCUGCCACAGAAAAGGUGUCGUAUAAAUACGAUUUGGUUGCAAAUAUCAUUCAUGAUGGAUAGGCUGAAGAUGGCAAGUACAGAGUCUAGAUACAUCAUAAACCCACAGAUUAGUGGUAUGACAUUUAGGACCUACAUGUAAACAACAUAAUGCCCUAGUAAGUAGUAGUAAGUGAAUGCUAUAUUCUUAUCUUUGAGAGACAAAUUCAUAAUUGA